AUGACGGCACCAGCAACGGAGCUAUAUGCAGCGGCGUACGUGAUCAAGCACUUCUCACCAUCAGGGACUUUUGCUGUAUGUGACUCCCUCUAUAUCUCUAACAAGAUAGUAAUUCCUAUUGGUACAGCGACCACAUCGGUGGGUGCGUAUAUCGCCGAAUGCCAGCGAGUAUUAAGCUCAAUGGCCGAUGAGGGAAUCCAUUUUGAGGUGAGUUCGUUCAUCAAGAUUUUAACGCUUGUGCAGCUUCAUGGCUAUGGAACGAACGUAGAGGGGCCAAUUUCGGCAGUCUGGCGUGCAUUGCAAAGAUGCCACGAGGCUGUGCAUGCUAUGGGCGUUGAGCGGAUUGCGACAGACAUCCGGCUGGGAACGCGCACAGAUAAGCAGAAUGAUGCUCCAGAAUGGUCAAAUGGGCUGACAGAGAAUCAGCGCAAACGUGAGAGUGUCUUGCGUCGUCUCGGUUAG